AAUGCACUUUUCUUACCUUACAAAAAUAUUCGGAACUGCUGCGGGUUCCUUUACCUCGAUUAUUGGGAAAUUUUAUCUUGGGCUGAGUAAGAGAGUUGGGAGAAAGGGAAUCUAAAGUUUUCUACGGUCAAAAGGGCAGAGGAGGAAGGCGGUACGGACUUCAUUUCAGUUGCAGUGCAGAGAGACAGAUGAAGAUUGGGUAUUAUCAAAUUUGCUGUUGAAGCUGUGUCUCCUAAUUUAGCCUAGAGAUGGCUUUAGAAUUAUGUCAAUCGACCAACAUUUUCUUUCAUUGAGUCCACCCUGAUAGAGGGAUUCGAUGUGGGUGUCUGUUGGCUGUCAAGUGUAUGGUGAGCUGAGGGGGGAAAAAUCUUGGGCCACAAUAGAGACAGAUGAGAGUGGCUACAUGAUUUUUUUGACAAUACAGCUUACUACCAACAACCUAUAUGUGCAAAACCUUAAUUGCUGGUGACAGAACAAUUUUCUAGAGCUCAGUUAUGGAGGGAAAUGCUGAUCAUACUGCUGUUGCAAGUGGGCCAUCUGUUAAAAAGAAACGGGGACGACCAAGAAAGUCUGAGACUGUUCUGCUUCCAGGAGAAAUUACAGCACUUGGAGUUAUGCCAUCUUCUGAAAGCAAACCCAAGAAAGCCAGACUUUCAGACACUAACAGCUCACAUUUUGGUUGUGGAAAUGGUUCAUUGGUAGGACAACCUGUCCAUGGUGUACUUGAUGGCUCAUUUGAUGCAGGCUAUCUCAUUAGUGUGAGAGUUGGAGAUACUGAUGCAGUUCUGCGAGGAGUGGUAUUUGGACCAGGUCUAUCAAUCCCUCCAUCAAAACUAACAGAUGUUGCUCCAAAAAUAAAAAGUGCGAAGAAAGAAUUAAAUACACCCCUCUCUCCAUUAUACUCACCUCCAGCAGCAACACCAAUGGCCUUAUCAGAAGUCUAUGAACCUUUACGUGGAACGGAUUACACCCCUACAGAAUCUGAAGCUGCACCUGAGAAUGGGUUACAACACCAACAAAAUCAUAUGAGCUCAAAAAUUCAAGUUCAACAGGUGCAUGGAGCUAUUUUGGAACCAAUUUAUGUUUCAGCGAAUAACCAAGUUGAAUCUUCAGGAGAAGGUGUUCCAUGACAAUAUUUGGUAUACAGCAGAGGCAAAAGCAUUGCAUAAUUCUUGCUUGCAUUUAUUAUGGACUGCAAGCAUGGCUAAAGAUGAAGUCUUACAUACAAUAUCUUUCACUUGCAUCGCAAGUUGCUCCACAUUUAAAUGAUUUUCUGGUUCUGUAUAUCUUGCCAAUUCAACUAUUGUUCCUGCAUCGAUUUGCAGACUUCUUUUUAGAACGUUAAAUGUGAUUCUCUAAGUUCAAAGGACUAAUAAUUAAUUGCAGAAGCAAAGGUCUGUGGUGAUUGUAUUCUGUUUCAA